AGCUGAGCUAAGCCAACGUGUUUGCCUUAACCCUCGCCUGUUCGAGAUGCGUGUUCCCCGUCGACCUUUUCUUCCACCAUCCUACUCAUACCCUUUCUGUUUUCUCGCUAGACGAAAAAAUGCGUGAAGUCAUCUCCGUUCAUGUCGGUCAGGCUGGUGUCCAGAUCGGCAACGCUUGCUGUAAGUUCAGUCCUGAAAGAAUCGGCAACUGGCAUGGGUUGUAUGCGCGAUAUGCCUGCAAAGACGCGUCGAUAUGUUAUCCAAAGGGAGUUGUAUACCGUCGAGCACGGUCUCAGUCCCGAUGGACGUCUGAUUGAGGGCUCUCCUUCAGCUCACGAUGAUGGCUUCAGCACCUUUUUCUCGGAGACCUCCUCUGGAAAGCACGUCCCUCGUUCACUCUACGUUGACCUUGAGCCCAAUGUCAUCGAUGAGGUCCGAAGUGGCACGUACAGGAGUCUCUUCCACCCGGAGACUCUUGUUACCGGCAAGGAGGAUGCCGCUAGCAACUAUGCCCGCGGUCACUACACGGUGGGCAAGGAGCAGAUCGACACGGUGAUGGAUAAGAUUCGCCGCCUUGCAGACAACUGCAGUGGUCUUCAGGGCUUCUUCGUGUUCCACUCAUUCGGCGGUGGAACCGGUUCCGGUUUCGGUGCGCUAGUCCUCGAGAGGCUCUCUACCGAUUACGGCAAGAAGUCCAAGCUCGAAUUUAGCGUGUACCCUGCUCCCACUAUGGCCAAUUCUGUCGUUGAACCUUACAACUCUGUCUUGACGACCCACACCACCCUUGAGCACUCUGACUGCUCAUUCAUGGUUGAUAACGAAGCUCUUUACGAUAUUUGCAAGAAGCGAUUGAACAUUACUUCUCCAAGCUUCACCAAUUUGAACCGACUUAUUGCCCAGGUUGUCUCCUCCAUCACCGCAUCUCUUCGUUUCGAUGGUUCUUUGAACGUUGAUUUGAAUGAGUUCCAGACCAACUUGGUUCCUUUCCCUCGUAUUCACUUCCCCUUAGCCACUUUCGCCCCCAUCAUCUCCGCUGAGAAGGCCCACCACGAGCAGAACUCCGUUGCUGACAUGACCUUCUCUUGUUUCGAGACUGGCAACCAAAUGGUUAAGUGCGAUCCUCGUGAGGGCAAAUACAUGGCUUGCGCUCUUCUCUACCGUGGCGAUGUUGUCUCCAAGGAUGUCAACGCCGCUGUCAGCAUCAUCAAGACUAAGCGUACCAUCCAGUUCGUCGACUGGUGCCCUACUGGCUUCAAGCUCGGUGUUUGCAACGAGCCCCCCGCACAUAUCCCUGGUGGUGAUCUCGCUAAGGUCUCCCGCAGUCUCUGCAUGUUGUCGAACACGACCGCCAUCUCCACCGCUUGGAGUCGUCUCGACCACAAGUUUGACCUCCUAUACUCCAAGCGUGCCUUCGUUCACUGGUAUGUCGGUGAAGGUAUGGAGGAGGGUGAGUUCUCUGAGGCUCGUGAGGAUCUUGCUGCUCUCGAGAAAGACUACGAGGAAGUUGGUCUUGACACUGCUGACCAGGAGGAAAUUGGCGAGUAUUAGAGGGAUUCGUAGUCUGAAGUAGUUGUUUCUGCAUGGUUCCUUUUUUCAUUUUGAUUUCCUUUGACCCCUUCACGAAGUUUACCACUGCCGUCGAUAUCCCAGCUUGUUCUUUCUACUUGCAUUUUCAAUCAUACCAUCGUUAUAGUGAGGCCUAAUUACACACGUUGAACAAUGGAAGCCUAGUGUCUGGAAUUGUCAUCCGGAUGUUUUAUUAUGAGAAAUGUCCCAGAAAGGCAGGAGUUGAUGGCUGGAUGAACUUAUUUUCUGUUGUUCCGAAUCCCGCACCAUAGU